AUGGCUCAACAGGAAGAAGGAUGGCCUUUUGGGCUGAAUUUAUUGAGUCCAAGAAAUGUUUUGGCAAGAAACAAUGAAUUUUCUGGAUCAAUCUCCUUCAGCACUUUGUUCACAAGUUCUUCCAUCCGUUCAAUUGAUUCUUUGUCAUAUUUUGAUUCAGAGUCCACAGGAUCACGUUUCCAUGACAAGAGCAUCACACUUGGAAGCCUCUUAGGUGUUUCUAGCUUCCUAGAAUUGUCAAGAUCAACAAGGGGAAGAGAGAUGGAACCAUCAAAGGAAGACAGAAGGAAUCACAAGCUGAAACCAUGGUUGUUCUCACUCUGUACAAAGCUUACUACCGAUGCGGUUAGUCCAAACGAUGUUCCUUCUCUCGGUCAGUACCUAAUAGCAGAGAGAAGAGCUAGACGUAAUUGCAGAAGGAAUCAAUGUGCUUCCGUUGAUGGGCAUAAUGUUUUCUCUCCGGUUCAAGAGUCGAACUCACCAGCUUCAUCGAGUGAGGAUAGUGGAAGAGAAGCAAAUAGAACAUUGCGGCAGACCAAUAGAUAUGGAACACCAACAACAUCAUUCUCUUCAUUAUGGCGAUGA